AUGGUGGGCAGGAUAAAGCCCCUAUUGCCGGGCAUCAUUAGCCAAGAGCAGGGGGCCUUUGUAGCGGGGAGGAAUAUCUCCCACAAUGUUAUGUUGGCCCAGGAAAUGAUGUGGGAUCUUCAGCGAGCAUCGAAGCGGCGCAGCUUGAUGGUAGUCAAGCUGGAUAUGGAGAGGGCAUAUGACAGGAUCAGGUGGAGUUUUCUUCGGAGGGCACUAGAGGCCUAUGGCUUCCACAGGCGAUGGAUUGGAUGGGGUGCGUGGCGCGGGUUUUCUGAUGCAUGGGUACUUCGCAGAGUGCUGGCAGGUUACUGUGCGGCGUCCGGACAGAGAGUAAACUUUAUGAAGUCAGCCAUUCAGUUCAGCCCUAGCACGGAGACCAGAGUCAUACUGGAGAUCAGGAGGAUUCUGCAGAUACCAGAGCAGGAGGGGACAUUGGUCUACCUGGGAGUCCCUAUCACAGGCCGGAGACUACGGGUGACAGAGUGCUCGGGGCUGGUACGGCGGGUCGAGAGCAGGCUGGAGGGAUGGAGGGCAUCAUCUCUAUCCAUGAUGGAGAGACUGACACUAGUCAGAUUGGUGUUAGGAUCUAUGCCGAUAUAUCUCAUGGCCAACACUGUGGUCCCAAAGACGACUCUGUUGAAGAUUGAACGUCUUCUCCGGAGCUUCUUGUGGGGGUCUCACGGUGGGGGCCAUGGGGUACAUCUGGUGGCCUGGGAGCAGGUCUGCCUUUCCAUCAGCGAGGGUGGUCUGGAAGUGCAGUCCCUCCUGGAGCGGCGUGAGGCCCUUAUUGCUCGGCAUGCAGCUCGUUUCUUGCUGGAGCCACAGGGGCUUUGGAGCCGGGUGAUGGCAGCCAGAUAUGGCCGAGGGGGCUCUGAGUAG